GUUAGUUUAGAAAAAGUUGGAGUUACAAGCUCAAAGACUUCGAGGUGUAGGGGAAACGCUCUUCUGGAAGUCCAUUUUCUUCCAUUCUUCCUCUUCGCUGGAGAAGAUUGAGAACAUGGCCGAAAGCUCUUCGGCUGCGCCUGCACUACCGAAACCUGUGGUGGUCAGGGUCAAACGCAAGCCCUCUCAGUCCCCACUUGAUGCUUUCUGGCUGGAAAUUAAUGAGAGACCCUUGAAACGUUCUCUCUUGGAUCUUGGAAAUUUAACAAUCUCUGGUUCUGCUCAAAAGGUGGAAUUUCAUAACAAGAAGGUUUUUGUUCAACAUGUGGAGACAAUAAGCAGCUCUGAGGUCACCUUUGAUAUUGUGCAAUCCUUUGUGGAUCCUGGUUCCAGUUGUGCUUCUAUUUUGAAGUCGAAAUUUGAGGAAAGAAAGAACUUCUUCAAGAGGAAUAAUAAGCAAGAUCAGCUAUUGGUUAAAGCUAAACAAGAAAAGGAGGUUUGUUACAUGUCUUAUAUUUACUCAUAUUUAUGGAUGUGCAUAUCUUUGGACAUUCAUAAUGCUAUGCCUUGCAUAAUUUCUUCUUAUAUCCUUCUGUACUACUUUCAUCUGACAACCCCCUUUCCUAAAUUUUGCAUGAUGGUAUGAUUGUUUUAAGAACUGUUUUUUUUUUCUGUUCCUUUUGUC